CGCUCUUCCCAGCAGAAGGCCAGUCAUAUUUGUCAUUAAUCAGGACUUGUGUGUGUAUUUUUUCUUUUUCUUUUUUUUUUUUUUCCUUCGUGAUGUAUCAACACAACCUGACGCCUGACAUGGAUUCAGUCUCUCCCACCUGCCGGGCAGAGUCUCCUGUCGGGACACUCUGCCAGAAAACGCCGGAGGAGGCAAGCUCUCCAGCGUCCUCCUCAGAGAGCAAUGAAAAGGAGGUCUGCCAAGACAUGAGCGCUGAAGACACUCCAUUUGUUCCAACGGUUACAGCAAUUUCCUCUACCCCAGAUUUCCAGUGGAUGGUCCAGCCUACGAUUAUUACAUCUGUCUCCCCGGCUCUGGGUAGCAAGCAAGCCAAUGAACCGCAAAGCUCUCACCAGGCAACACCCAAAGCGGGCGGGAAUAAGGGAAAAAAUGCUGCCAGAAAGGGGAAAACAGAGCAGCUGUCUCCUGAGGAGGAGGAGAAGAAGAGGAUAAGAAGGGAGAGGAAUAAAAUGGCUGCAGCAAAGUGUCGCAACAGAAGGAGGGAACUCACGGAUACACUGCAAGCUGAGACAGACAAGCUGGAGGAGGAAAAGGCAGCUCUGGAGACCGAAAUAGCCAACCUCAUCAAAGAGAAAGAGCGGCUCGAAUUUAUCCUUGCUACACAUAAACCAGUGUGCCAGAUGUCAGAAGAGCUUGAGUCCAUUUUCCAAGAGUCCACAGGGUCCCCAGAUCUACCGCCUAGUCCAGACGAGGACAGGCUUCCAGAGGAUGGCACGCAGGAAGCUCCUUCACUCCAGGACAUGGACGACCCCAGUGAUCCGUCCACAGCCAUCUCUGGGAACUCCAAUAUUUUGCUGUGUGCCAGUGCUGAAAUCAACAUAUGUGAUCUCGAGCCCUCCCUGGACAUUAAAGAGGGACUACUGGACAAUAUUUUACCCAGCUUGGAGGAGAAAACUCCCAUGGAGACAGCUCGAUCUGUGCCAGACAUAGAUCUGAGUAGCUCUCUCGGGGUUUCGGACUGGGAGACUCUGUACAAGUCUGUUUCCAGUGACCUGGAGCCUCUCAGCACUCCCGUGGUGACCUCCACCCCUACCUGCAGCAGCUACUUGUCCGUGUUCACUUUUGCGUGUCCUGAGCUGGACUCUCUCACAGAGGGACUAGACAGCCAUAAAGGUGGAGGAAACAAGGCUGAUUGUGUUGAUAUCCUCAACUCUCCAACUCUCCUAGCCUUAUAAAAUGCAAAGGGCAGUGAUCUGUUUGAUCUCUCUGGUUUCUCUGUUUGCAGGUUCCUGACGUUGAAAUGAUAUGAACAACGUAUGCCACAGUAUGCCGUAAUGCUUCAAGGAAUGCAUUCACGAAAAGUCUUGUGCGUGACUAAGCAAACGUAUAAACUCUCUCCAGAUACAUAGUCAACAGAGUGAUGUAGCUAAAAGCAUGGCUUUUAAUUUAACAGAAAGGACUGAAGUAAGUUUUGAUUUUAAACGCAUGCUGAAAAAUUCCAAAUAAAUUUCAUAUAUAUAUAAAAAUAUAUAUAUAUCUGAUCUGUUACUAGAUCUAAGCUGUAAUGUGGAAUUUAAUGUAACAGUAUGGUUUUGUGUUUUGGUGUCAGUAGUGUACUGAUUGAUGUAAAUGUUGUAUUUACAUAUCCAUCUAAGUACCUGUGUCAUCAAGUGUGGUUUGACCUCAUUGUUAAAAUGUUGAAAGUUUUCCAUGAAAACAUCCAGUGCUAUAUACUAUAUAUCUUAUCAAGAUGUAACUUAUGAUUUAUUUUUUUACCUUUCAGAUUUUGACUUAUUUGUUUAAAUUGAAAAAAAAAAAAACCAAACAAUUAAA